AGUACUGCGUCAUUACUGCGUAAACUAAAACCAUAGAAGAAGAAGUAUUUGAGUUAGUUGUGGGCGCGUUGGUUCAUUGUAUAAAACAGGACUGACAGCUGCCUGAGCCAUGAGUGAGUUCAGGAUUCACCACGACGUGAACGAGUUGCUCAGCCUGCUUCAUGUUCGAGGAGGUGAUGGAGCAGAAGGCUACAUAGAUUUACUGCAGAAAAACAGGACGCCCUAUGUCACCACCACAGUCUCUGCUCACAGUGCCAAGGUCAAAUUAGCAGAGUUCUCUAAAACCCCCGAAGACUUCUUGAGAAAGUACGAGGAGCUCAAGUCCAAAAAUGUUCGCAACCUGGACCCACUGGUCUACCUGCUCUCCAAACUCUGUGAGGAUAAAGAGACACUCCAGUUUCUGCAGCAGAAUGCCAAAGAGAGAUCAGAGUCAUCAGCGAACACGACUUCAACCACAACUACCAGUUACACUCUGCCUCAGACCAGCACUAAGAUGUCCAUGCAGGAACUGGAUGAGCUGCGAAAGAAGCUUGGCAACGUGACGGCCAGCUCCAACGCUCCACUGCCUGCUGAAGUCACACGGAAGAUGCUGAGAGACAAACACAACAAGAAGAAUCCCACCCAGCCCAACCCCGUGUUUCCUAACUGGGUGUACGACCGUCCUGCUCUCCUCGGAGACUUCAUCACCAGCCCCAGCCCUGCAGGAGAUCCAGCUGUGGCUGUUGGUACGAUGCCCCUGGCUACUCAGGAACAAGCUCUGGUGGAGGAUCUGCUGUUUGUCCUGAUCGGAGUUGAUGGGAGAGACAUCACAGCUCAGCCUGUACUGGGGAGACAGAACCGCUCCUUUAUUGUCGAUGCAACACUGGACAUGUCUGUCAAGGAACUGGUGAACAGAAUAUUACCAGUGGCAUCGUAUUACUCCACUAUAACACGUUUCAUCGAGGAGAAGUCGUCCUUUGAGUACGGCCAGGUGAACCACGCUCUAACAGCGGCGAUGAGGACCCUGAUGAAGGAGUACCUGAUCCUGGUCACUCAGCUAGAGCACCUCCAGCGGCAGGGCCUGCUGUCCCUGCAGAAGCUCUGGUUCUACAUCCAGCCCACCAUGAGGACCAUGGAGAUACUGGCCUCUAUUGCGUCCUCAGUGGAUAAAGGAGAGUGUAUGGGCGGCUCAACACUGAGUCUUCUCCAUGACCGAACCUUCAACUACACCGGUGACAGUCAGGCUCAGGAGCUGUGCCUCUACCUCACCAAAGCAGCCAGCGUCCCUUACUUUGAAAUACUGGAGAAGUGGAUCUACAGGGGUAUCAUCAAGGACCCGUACAGUGAGUUCAUGGUGGAGGAGCACGAGCUGCAGAAAGAGAAGAUUCAAGAAGAUUAUAAUGACAAGUACUGGGAUCAGAGAUACACCAUCGUACAGCAUCGCAUCCCCUCAUUUCUACAGAAAAUGGCAGACAAAAUAUUAAGCACAGGGAAAUACCUCAACGUGGUGCGGGAGUGCGGCCGUGAUGUGACGUGUCCUGAUGCAAAGGAAGUCUUGUACACACUGAAGGAGCGAGCGUAUGUGGAGCAGAUAGAGAAAGCUUACAACUACGCCAGCAAGGUGCUGCUGGACUUCCUCAUGGAGGAGAAGGAGCUGGUUUCACGUCUGAGAUCCAUCAAGCACUACUUCUUGAUGGACAAAGGUGAUUUCUUUGUGCACUUCAUGGACCUGACGGAGGAGGAGCUGAAGAAGCCCGUGGACGACAUUGUUCCUCCAAGACUAGAAGCCCUGCUGGAGCUGGCUCUGAGGAUGAGCACGGCCAACACAGACCCGUUUAAAGACGACCUCAAGAUUGACUUGAUGCCUCAUGAUGUCAUCACCCAGCUUCUGCGGGUGCUGGCCAUCGAGACGAAGCAGGAGAAGGCGAUCAUCAACGCAGACCCUACAGACGUGGCUCUCAGCGGCCUGGAGGCCUUCUCCUUCGACUACAUUGUCAAGUGGCCGCUCUCGCUCAUCAUCAACAGGAAAGCACUGACGAGGUACCAGAUGCUGUUCAGACACAUGUUUUACUGCAAACAUGUGGAGAGGCUGCUGUGCAACGUGUGGAUCACCAACAAAGACUUCAAGGAGUACGCUUUACAUUCUGCCAAAUGGUUCGCUGCGGCGUUCGCCCUCCGUCAGCGCAUGCUCAACUUCGUGCAGAACAUCCAGUACUACAUGAUGUUUGAGGUGAUGGAGCCCACCUGGCACGUCAUGGAGAACAACCUGAAGACGGCAUCAAACAUCGAUGACGUGCUUUGUCAUCACACCAGCUUCCUGGACAACUGCCUGAAGGACUGCAUGCUGACCAACCCCGAACUUCUCAGGAUCUUCUCCAAACUCAUGUCUGUCUGUGUCAUGUUCACCAACUGCAUGCAGCGGUUUACUCAGAGCAUGAGGUUAGAGCGUCUCUCUCUGGAGCAAGGGACUAUGGACGGGCCUCCUACUCAGAGCGAACAUGCUGAGGAGGCAGAGAAGAAGAGGCUCACAACAAAGUUUCUAGCUGAGCAUGCGGACACCCUUCAGUCAGACGCAGGCUUUGAAGCCACCAUCAGCAAGUUUGACAGUAACUUCAGCAUGUUGCUGCUGGACCUGCUGGACAAGCUCAGCAUCUACAGCACCAAUGACUGUGAGCACAGCAUGAUCAGCAUCAUCUACAGGCUGGAUUUCAAUGGAUUCUACACUGAGCGCCUGGAGCGGAUGGCCAUAGAACGAAGUCAAAAAGCAACAGCAUAGCAUGUUUUCCUUUUCUGUAUAUAAGCAGUCGCCCAGCAAUAAAAAAAGUGCUUUCCUCAUGUCUGUUUAUCUAUCCAACACCAACCGUCCAGCUAAUUACCAUAUGGACGUCAGCCACUGGCUCAAAAGAUGAUAUUUCAGUGUGUAUAUAAUAUGUAUUGUAUGAAAUGUAGUUAUAGUCUGAUGUUGCAGCAUUAUAUAAAUGCAUCAAAUGUACAUUUUAAGAAGUGGAACUAAUGUUUAUUCAACCGUGAAAAUGUAAGUCAUGACACUCCUUAUGGGUAACUUAUUGUACCUGUACAAUGACAGUUUAUGUUUGUAUUGCACCUCAUUAAAACAAGACUUAAAACAA